AUGCCUAAACUUCAAGACCACCAAAUUGAAAAUGAGGAGUUGAAGGAUUUGAGGAAAGAUAUAAGAGUAACGGAAAAAUGGUGUUGUAAACUCAAAAAACCCUCAUAUUUCAAAGAUACAACAAACUCAUAUGAAGAGCAGGUGAGCAAGGAAGCAAGAGAAUGGCUAGCAGUAUUAAAAGACAAAUAUGUAGAAGAUCAGUCCGAAGCAGGUACACAAAAUUGCCAAGAAGAAACGAAUGAUAGAAGAGAGCUUGAGAUAUG